AGAUGACUGAAAAAGAAGCACCGCCAAAGUUCACAAAUGGCUAUCAAUUUGAAAUGGAAGACAACAUUGAUGAUGAGAGCCAUAUUGCACCAAUGGCUUGGACAGUUAUCAUAGGAGAUACAAUACAUAACAUUGCAGAUGGGAUCGCUAUUGGUGUGGCAUUUAGUGACAGCAUUUUGGGUGGAGUUAGUACUUCUAUUGCUGUCUUGUGUCACGAAGUACCACAUGAGCUUGGUACGUAUACGGUGGAAAGUAAAAAAUGGAGAUUAAGACAGUAUAGAUUAAAGAACAAGGGAGAGGUUUAUAUUUAACUGUGAAGACCGAAGGCCAGGAUAGUUGAAAGAAAAUGGAUAAGAGCAGACGUGAUCUAUUCGAAAUUCGUGAUGUCACGAAUUUUCCUAUAUUUUUCGCAUUCAAGUAACUAAAGUAUAUUGAGAUUCAAAAUGGUUUCAUUAUUAUUCAACGGAAAAUUUAUGUUUUUUGUCUUUGUUUAAGGUUUUAUACUUUUGUAAUCAAGAAACUGGCAUGAAAAAAACUAGUAAUUGAAAUUUGUGACGCGUAUUUUACUGUCUAAUAUGUGAUAUUAUUAUGUUCCCUAAAAAUGAUCAACAAUAUUUAGAUACUCCAUCGUAGAGUGGCAUGGCUGUCUAAAAAAUCUUGAGCUGUAUUAUUACUAAACGUGGAAUUAUUUGGGAUUUAGUGACGUCAUAAUUUUCAACAAGUCUGCAGAGAGGCCAUGAAGACAUCAUGGAAAACACCAUGAGUGAGCGUGUGUUUCCACAUGAGUGAGCGUGUGUUUCCACAUGAGUGAGCGUGUGUUUCCUAUCCAGUAUUUUUAUGAUCCAUGGUUACAGUUGAAUAAAAAUCGAUAGCCGUGGUCUUUUAACUUGUUUAUAUGCUCGGUAGACCAUUUUGUUUUGUUUUUAGGAGGUUUUCCAUUAUGUCUACACGAUUUAAUUUGUCGAUUUGUUAAACGAAAUUGACUUACGGCUCGUGAGAUCAUACCUAUAUUCAGGUCAAGGUGCGCAGUUCAUCUUUUUUUCGUACAAAUUAUUGAUUCACUGCUUGUGGAAACCGAACUUGCUCAACUGAGGACGCGCAUGCAGUACAACUAGUAUGCUUCGUUAUUUUCACUCAUAAAGAUCCUUACGGAUCAAAAGCAAUUCUGAAAUAUAAAGUAAACGUGGUGUUUCCCCCAAUACCAAAACAAUUGAGCACGCAUUACUAAAAUUUCAAAUUUUCUACCUUCUAACCAGGUGAUUUUGUUGUACUAUUGUCUGCUGGAAUGAGUGUACGACAAGCAGUGAUUGCGAACUUUGUCUCAUCAUGUUUUUGCUUUAUGGGACUUGUGUUCGGAAAGUUGAUUGGUGAGAUUGAAGAUGUGAAUGUGUGGAUUCUUGGAGUGACCGGCGGAUUUUUCCUUUAUAUUGCACUGACAAACAAGGUCAGUAAACUGUUACUUAGAUAUACAGCCAAACGUACGUUUUUAAUAUAAACUAUAACGCUAAUUUUUGUAAGCACCGGAGUGCAACUUAUUCUGUUGGCGUGCUAUUCUUCUCCGCAAGCAACUCGUGUCAAACGGCAAAAGAACGUCGGGUAAUAUUCUCAUGUUUCGUGCACAAACGUUCUGUUUGAUUUUUAGCGCCAAUCACGAUUACCCUAUAAAAGCUAACGGUCUGUGCCAGUGCAGGUACAACCUCGUUCCCAGGCUCUCUGGAAACGAGGUUGUUGUACGUAAUGCUAAUAACAAGAAAGCGUCGACGUUUCGAGCGAAGGCCCUUCGUUGACUAACUUCGCUCGGGCACUCGCUCGAAACGUCGAGGUUGUCCAGAUUAUUAGGGUAGUUGCAUCCCUAUUAAUCCCAAGCCUUCCCAUAAAUGCUAACCCUAUUAAUUGUGCACGAAACACAAGGAUAUAACCGAAUAAACGAUGGAUGGUAACAGGAGAUUGCGAGGGAUAAUUGUUGAAAGUACCUCGAUCUCCUCCCAUGAAAUCUAGCUCCCAAUCUUUUGAUGUGCUCUGCUAAUUUUUAUACAGGGUAUCCUGAAAAAACUGCAAUAGCAAUUUUCCAGAAUUUUACACAGCUAGCUAUUAGUGAACAUAGAAAAUUAAUGAAUUUUGACACUUAGAUUAUUAAAAUUGGUUUGGAAGAAUGUUAUGGCUGUUUAAAGUAAGGGUUCAUCAAACCUACUGAUACUUUACACAACUCAUGCAUGAUUUCAAAGGUCCAUUUGGGUGAACAGACUUUAUUUAAAAACAGCCAUAACAUUGGUUCAACAAGACCAAUUUAACAAUCUUAGUGCCAAAAUUCAUCUCCUACAUUAAAUUUCCGAUGUCCACUAAUAAUUAACUGUGCAAAACCUAGACAAUUACCUAUUGCAUUUUCCCGGAACACCCUGUAUAUAGUAAGUACAUAUAGAGUUGCUGCUGGUACUAAAGAGUGGGUUUCUAAACUGUUUCUAAACGUUUAUGAGAUAAAAAAUACGUGGUAUUGCUCGUGCCCACAAGCACAGUAGUCCUUUAAAGAGCCAAAGGCCCGUGCACUAUAAUUUAUUAAUACAAAAUAUUAAAUUAUGUAGUUGCCUGAACUGAUGCACGUCACAGGACAGAGUGACCAGUCGAAGAUCACAUUAUUCCUUCUCCAGAAUAUCGGUGUUAUUCUUGGCUUUGCUGGCAUGUUCUUUUUGGCAUAUUACAAGAAAGACAUCAAUAUUUAGCAGGACGCUUUGUGUGUGAACGAGUUUGCUUUGUUUAUGAAAGAAUAAGUUUGACUGUGUUCAUUUUUACUGGAUCACCAAAUGAAUGAUUUUGAAUAAUUUUAACCCCUUGC